AAUAGUGAAAUAUACAGAUUUUAAACGAUAAGGGGACAUACAUAAAAUAUAGAAUACGGCUACGAGGCUAUAAGUUCUUCAAACUCGUGCUUGAUUUAUUCAGCAUGGAAACUAAUAACGAAGAUUUCGAACUCCGAUUAUUGAAGCGAGAAGAUAUUCGUUUGCUAAAACGUGAGACUGAUAAAGAAGGAUGGUGCGACAAAUUGGAUUUCAUGUUUGAAUGCUACGAGAAUAACCCUGAUACUUAUUAUGGUUUAUUUGCAAAAGAUGGUCGACUAAUAUCCACGUGCCAGGGUAUUCCUUUAACCGAUAACAUAGCGGCUAUAGCCGAAUUUUUGACUGUACGAGAGUUCAGGGGACGGCGAUACGGCAAACUAGUAUUCGAAGCAGUCGUAAAAGCCUUAGGGAAUCGAAUUAUCUAUUUAAAUGCCUUGCAUGCAGCCAUACCUAUGUAUGUCAAUAGAUGGCGCUUUUCCAAAACAUGCUUAGAAGGAUUUAUGCAAUGUGGAAUAUUGAGAUUGGCCGACGUCUACAAGAAAUUAGAGAAUGUUGACUUGGGUACAACGAAAAUUGAAUUCGUUGACAAAAAAGAAGAUGUUAUAGAUGAAAUAAUUGAUUACGACUCAUCCAUCUGCUCCUUCGAACGCAGGCGUUACGUUAGGAAUUGGAUAAUGAAGGAGGAUUAUUUGGCAGUUUUAGCCAGAGAUUCCGCAGGGAAGAUUAUAGGCUGGGCAGGUGUUAGAGCUACUUUAGAAACAGGCUAUAGAUUAUCACCUGUUUACGCUUCUUGUGACAAAUUAGCCCGAAUCCUCUUCUUAAAUAUAUUAACAAAACUAAAAGAUGGCAUCGACGUUGAGACUUACGGCAUAGUAAGAGAUGACGGCUUAUUAGAUGUCAUAAGUGAAUUAUUUUCAAACGCUACAAACAUAACAAGAUUCACCGGUUUACGUUCAGAAGGUGCCGAAGACUUGAAACACGAUUAUGACAAAGUAUACGCCCUUUUCAAUGUCGAGGAAACCAUAAUAUGACAUUUAAUUUCCGCCCUGUCAUCGUUUCGAUUCCGAAUAAAUUAAAAACUGAUUAUUAAUGUAAUUCAAACUUUUCCUUAUCUAACAACAAACUAAGCGGUUUGACCUUUUCUCUUUACAAGGCUCAAUCUAACUGAUUGAAAUAGUCCAGAAAGGAAAUAAAUUCCGCAUGAAAUAUGUAAAAACUGGUCCCACAGCUCUAUCUUAUCUGAAACUCUUAAGUAGGAAAUUAAAAAGGAUGGGUGAUUAGGAAAGUGAACUUUACUAGAGUACCAAAAAAUAAAAGAAAGAAUAUAAAGGGUUGGCUCAUAUCUAGUACAAUCCAAAGAUAAAUGAGUACCAAAUCGCUCUCGCUAAAGGAAUUAUCUUAUUUCCAUGAUUCUUCGUAUAAAGCGAACAACAGGAUAGAGAACAAAGGAUUCCAAGGCUAAUAUAGGGUGCAUUACUAAGAAUUUUAUUAGACGCUUGAGAGGAAUGACACGCUUGCCAAGUAUAAAAAAAAACUCGUAGUUGAAUUGUAUACGAUAAAGACGUCCAAUAUAAUCUAAUAUAAUAUGACGUCUAUAUACAAAUAUUCUUCGUAACGUCUUUUUUCAUUAUUGCUGUACACGAAAAGAGUAGAAUAUUAUUCGCAU